CCGGCUUUAACCCGCACCCCUACUGCCCCGCUCUAGGCAUGGGACUCCUCCGGCCUUGAUAUUAGGUUCGAUUCACCCUAACACCCACGGUCGUUGGUGGGCAUCAAUCAAUUACGCCUCCAAUACGUACCUGAGACCUGAGAGCGAGUUUGGUUGUCGAUUGACAGGAGGAGGCUCUUCUGUGGGCCGUGAUUCCAUACUUCCGGCCAGUGUCUCAGUCAUGUGUGUUGGUUGCUGACUCGGUUGCUGGCUCGGCUGAUUGAUCGAGAGUUGAGGCGGGUGGACUGAACGGCUGAGUGGCGUUUCAUCCUUAGGUAGCUAACCUUUGGCUUAUCAGCUGCCACUGUUUUCGAGGCCCUUGAAACCGAGCUGCCGUAGGCCCUCAAAGACCCCUGUGGAGUCAAGGUGAAAGAGCAAGGGUCCGAAGGGAGCGCCGCUCCAUGCCAUCCAACCACCUGGUUCAUUCGUUCUGACUGACUCUCACCGUGUGUGUGUGUGUGUGUGUGUGUGUGUGCGUGCAUGACGAUGCUCGGCCAAUUGACGAUUGGGUCGAUAGUUGGAUGGAUGACGACUGACUGACUGACUGUCUGUCUGUCUGUCCAGAGCUGUGCCUGUGUUUGAUCGAUGAAGUUUGAGGGCAGCCCGAGCUUGCUUUAGCCUGGGCUGGUCCCCGUCCGAUCCCAGGCCCUCCUGCCAAUGACCCCGAUCGUCGGUCCAAGUGCGCUCAAGCUGAUUGAUCCCCAAAACGACAUUAUUCUCUCUGUGGAUCCAUCACCAUGGGUCGCAAAGUCAAAGUCGCCGUGUGCACGCUCAAUCAAUGGGCCUUGGACUUUGACGGCAAUCUCGAGCGCAUCUUAGCCUCCAUCCAAGCCGCGCGUGAGGCCGGCGCCCGGCUCCGCAGUGGUCCCGAGCUCGAGAUCACGGGCUACAGCGCCCAGGACCACUUCUACGAGGGCGACACCUUUUUGCACGCCUGGCAAGUGGUGGCCCAAUUGCUGACCUCGCCCGUGUGUCGCGAUAUCCUGGUCGACGUGGGACUGCCCAUUCGGCACCGUAAUGUGGCUUACAACUGUCGUUUAGCCUUCCUCAACGGCCGAAUCCUCCUCAUUCGGCCCAAGAUGAUCCUGUGUGAUGACGGCAACUAUCGCGAGACCCGCUGGUUCACCGCUUGGACUCAGGCCCGCACCCUCGAGGAGUUCUACUUGCCGCGUCUAAUUCGCGAUGUUACGGGUCAAACCCGUGUGCCCUUCGGUGAUGGCGUGUUGGCCACCGUCGAUACCGUGAUUGGUUACGAGAUUUGUGAGGAGUUGUGGAACCCGGCUAGUACUCAUAUUGGCAUGGCCUUGGACGGGGUUGAGCUCAUCCUGAAUGGGUCGGGCUCCUACAUGGAGCUUCGUAAGGCCUAUGUGGCCGUUGAUCUUAUCCACAGUGCCGCCAUGAAAGCGGGUGGUUGCUAUUUGUUUAGUAAUUUACGCGGGGGCGAUGGCGAUCGAGUCUACUUUAACGGCUGUAGCUGUAUUAACUUGAACGGUCACAUGCUGAAUCGAACUCAACAGUUCGCCAUUGAGGAAGUCGAAGUAGCCACGGCCACUAUAGAUCUCGAGGACAUUCGCUCUUACCGUCACCGUUUGCGUAGCUGGAAUAUCCAAGCCGCCCAAGCGCUCUCGUAUCCACGAGUUGACGUGCCCUUCGCCCUCUCGAUGGAUUCUGACCUGGCUCUGCCUUCCUAUCAGCCCAUCGAGUGGAUCUACCAUCCCGCCGAAGAGGAAAUCUUGUUAGGCUCCGCUUGUUGGCUCUGGGACUAUCUCCGGCGAAGCGGGCAAGGCGGCUACUUCCUGCCGUUGAGUGGCGGCGUGGACUCGGCUUCCACCGCAUCACUCGUAUUUUCCAUGUGCACGCUGGUGGUCAAGGCUGUGAGUCAAGGCGAUGAGCAAUGCCUUACCGACGCUCGGCGGGUGGUUGGCGAUAGCGACUACGUGCCGCAAGACCCCAAGGAGUUCUGCCGACGCAUAUUCGUCACUUGCUACAUGGGCAGUGAAAAUAGCUCGCAAGAAACACGCGACCGAGCCAAGUCAUUGUCCAAAGAAAUUGGCUCGUAUCAUCUGAAUAUUGCCAUCGAUACGGCCGUCACUGCCCUCAUUGGCAUCUUCUCCACCACUAUGGGCAUGAUCCCCAAGUUCAAAACCCGAGGGGGCAGUGUGCGGGAGAAUUUGGCUCUACAAAACGUCCAAGCUCGCGUUCGCAUGGUGCUCUCCUAUUUGUUUGCCCAAUUAGCUCUACUCGUGCAAGGAAGGCCCGGAGGCCUGCUUGUCUUGGGUUCGGCCAAUGUGGACGAGGCUCUCCGAGGCUACAUGACAAAAUAUGAUUGUUCGAGUGCUGAUAUCAAUCCGAUUGGUGGGAUCUCAAAAACCGACUUGAAACGUUUCUUGGCCCUGGCUCGAACCACCCUCAAUCUACCCGCCUUGGAUUCAAUCUUGUCGGCUCAACCUACGGCUGAGCUAGAGCCACUUCACGAAGGCCAAAUCGCGCAAACGGACGAACAAGACAUGGGGAUGUCCUAUGAGGAGCUAUCCAUUUAUGGGCGAUUAAGAAAAGAGCAAAAUUGUGGGCCCUACUCCAUGUUCUGCAAGUUGAUUCAUUUGUGGCAAGACAAAUGUACUCCGAAUGAGGUAGCCAAAAAAGUCAAGCUCUUUUUUCGCUUCUAUGCCAUUAAUCGCCACAAGAUGACGGUUCUCACGCCAUCAUACCAUGCUGAAGCUUAUAGUCCAGAUGAUAAUCGGUUUGAUCAUCGACCAUUUCUUUACAACGUCAAUUGGCCUUGGCAAUUCCGAGCCAUCGACCAAAAGUUGGACCAAUUCAAAAGUGGUCUUUCAAAGCCUAUCUCUGAUCUCGAUCAAGAAGACGUCACCAAAACCGUGUCGUCCAGUAUGAAAUGCUCAUCGGGGCUUCAAACCGACACAAAAGAGUUCGCUCGGACCGGAUCGAAUGUGUUCGGUGGAGUCAUGGUCGCUCCCACGGAUGGAUCCUUGUCCGCUCAUCCAGUUCUCAAUAUUGAGUCGGCUUCAGCGGCAAAGACUGAAUUCGAAGAGAUCCCUUCGUUUAAAAAGGCCAAAAUUACGCCGCCCAAUUGCCCUGCGCCAACUCACGAUGUUGAACAGAAGAGAGUUUCAUCAUCGCUCGAAGACGGCCCAUUCCUCACUCGAGUUCUACAAUAAACGAGGAUUUGGCAUAUGGCAAUUAGUAGUCAAAGCACAUAGAAUUACACAGUUUAAGGAUUCCAACAGACAUGUCCGUCCAAUAUUAAAGGCACUCCUCACCUUAUUGUUGCGUUCAGAAAUAUAAUUGAAAAGAAUAUGUUUUUUUUUCCCUCUUCAG